GGCUGCGCCUGUCAGCGGGGCGGCGGGAUGGCGGCGCUGUACGCUUGCACCAAGUGCCACCAGCGCUUCCCCUUCGAGGCGCUGAGCCAGGGCCAGCAGCUCUGCAAGGAGUGUCGGAUUGCACAUCCCAUCGUCAAAUGCACCUACUGCAGGACUGAAUUCCAGCAGGAAAGCAAAACCAACACAAUAUGCAAGAAGUGUGCUCAGAAUGUGAAGCUCUAUGGCACACCAAAACCUUGCCAGUACUGCAACAUCAUAGCAGCAUUUAUUGGAAACAAGUGCCAACGGUGCACAAACUCUGAGAAGAAGUAUGGACCUCCCCACUCCUGUGAGCAGUGCAAGCAGCAGUGUGCCUUUGACCGCAAGGAUGACAGAAAGAAGGUGGAUGGAAAGCUGCUCUGUUGGUUAUGCACACUGUCCUAUAAACGAGUCCUCCAGAAGACCAAAGAGCAGUGCAAACACCUGAGCAGCUCCUCCAGGGCAAGCCUGCAAGAGAAGGAACAGUACAGUAGGCUCAGCAGUGGCAGCCACUACAACAGCCAGAAAACCUUAUCCACCUCUUCUCUUCAGAAUGAAAUCCCAAAGAAGAAAGCCAAGUUUGAUGCCAUAUCUGCCAAUGGGGACAGCGUUCCUUCCUCUCCCAGGAUGCUCUGUCCCCCUACCCAGAGUGCCCUGUCCGCGUUGGCGCAGCGGGCUGCUUCCCAGCAGAGUCUCGGUGCCCACCAGUGUCCUGUUUCUCAAGGCACUGACAUCUUGAAUUUUUCUCCAGACCUCGCCUUGGACUCUCCUGGCACUGACCACUUUGUUAUCAUUGCCCAGCUGAAGGAGGAGGUGGCUACUUUAAAAAAGAUGCUGCACCAGAAAGAUCAGAUGAUUUUGGAAAAGGAGAAGAAGAUCACAGAGCUGAAAGCCGACCUGCAGUACCAGGAGUCGCAGAUGAGGGCAAAGAUGAACCAGAUGGAGAAGACACACAAGGAGGUCAUGGAGCAGUUACAGGCCAAGAACAGAGAACUCCUGAAGCAAGCAGCUGCCCUAUCCAAGGGCAAAAAGCCUGAGAAGUCGGGAGCAAUAACCUCCCCUUAAAACCCACCCCCCAGCCCGGGAGCUGUUCCCAGCCGUUGUCCCUGUCCCACCGUGCGCUGCCUGGAGCGUGUCUGCUUCCCACCUCUGCCUCACGCUGACCCACGGGGAGAGGUCCCAGCCAGCCCAAACCCUCCCCUGGAGUACCAUCUCCUGGAAGAAGUCUUUUUCUUAAGCAGUUCCUACCACUGCCAGCCCUUCCUGUGAGCAGCCAGGCCUCCUUGCUUGCUUGCCAGCUCCUCUGCUGUGAGGCAGCAGCCGUGGCCAGUUGGUAUAAGACAAGAGCCGUGGGCGGUGGGAACUUGGUUUGUCUUCAACUCUUCCCUCUUCAAAAGGAAGCUGAGAAAUCACCAGCCCAACAGAUUUUCCUGGAAGGUUGUGCCACUGCUGAGAAGGGUUGGUCCAGCAUUUUUGAAGAUGCUUCCCAAAUGGGGGCUAUGUAUUUAUCUUGGGAGGUGUUUUUGUUGUUGUUGGUUUGGUUUGGGGCUUUGUUUCUUCUUUUCUAUGUCCACUUGGCAAACUGAACCGUGCCUGGGUUUGUGUUUCCUUGUUUUGUUGUGGUAGCUUUUGAGUUGGGAGCCAGAGUGGAAUGAUACAGACCCAAACCCACCCCAUAUCCCCCUCCCUGGUGCCCUGGUUACUUGGUGACCUUUGGGGCUUUGAUGACUUCUGCAGCUUGGCUGUGGUCAAGCUUCUCUUGCUCCAUUUCUUUACACAAGAAGAGUUCCAGGCUUGGAUAUCCCCUUGGUCCCUAGAUCAAGCUCACCCUCUUCUCCCCCUUUCCCUGCCCCAUCUCUCCCUUCCAGAUGCACAGCUUGGGGCCAGGUUGGCUCCAGGAAAGCGCUUACUCAGGCAGCAACACAAGCCAGGGAGUAUUUCUUGGGGCUCUCCAGGGACAUUUCUCACUGCUGAUUAAAAAAACAGCAGAACAAAAGGGCUACAAAAGUUCCCUGGAACAGGGACUUGCUUCUCCCAGACAGCCCAGGGCCCACAGCCACUGCAGCAGGGCUGCCUGGGCUGGGCUGGGCUCCCUGAGCUCUGCCUCUUGCAGCAAAGACAGGGGAAUAAAAGCACUUAAGGGCCAGCAGAGCCCACCUGUGGGCUGGCAGGACACCCCCAGCAGCCCCACAACCAGCCCUGCUCAGGGAGGGGGGAGAAACAUCUCAGGGUUUGGAGCCCUCAGGGCAGAGCAGGAGGGGAUGGGACCUUAGUGUGGUAGAGGAGAGCUUGUCCUUUGUGAGGCAGGGCCAGCUGCUCUGCCAGGGGGGUUGUUAAGAUUUUUAGCUAGAGGUUGGGAUUAUUCUUCAUCUUGGUGUUUUGUUUUGUGUUACUAUAAAGGCACUUUUUUUUUGGGGAGGAUGGUGACUUCUGGCAUGGAAGGAGCAGCGUGCAGCAGCACCAGCCCACUCUGCAGCACCAGCCCACUCUGCCCUGGGGCAUUUCCACUCUCUUCUGGUUUUUAAGAGACUUCUGAUGUGAAAAAAAAAAACCUUGUUAGAGUUUGGCAGGGUUUGCCAGCAGGAAAACACUCACCUGGUUUUAUACUUCACACCUUUCUAGAGAAUGAGGUGCAUUUGGCAGGGCUGUUUCUUUUUUAAACGGGGAUGGGGGGGAGGGAGGGUGUUUGCUUUUUCAUAUCCCUCAAGACACAGCAAGCCCUGGAUGUACCAUUAAGGGUUGUUUGGGGUGGGUUUUUUUUAGCUGUGGUAAAGGAUCACGCCGUGGAGUAGCUGAGAUUGGUAGUGACCACAUCGUUCCUUUGUAUGUUUGUAAUAAUGGAGAUUUUACAUGGGACACUCUGAUUUGUACAAAAAAACAACCAACCCAACUCUUGACAACUGUAAAAGUGGUUUUGAAAAGCC